CUCAGUGGCUUUGCGCCGUGGCGACGAUGUGGUUCCUCCUUCUGCUCCUCCACACCUUCGCUCACUUCGGGCCGGUGAGCUCAGCAGAUCCAAACCAAGGGAAGAUCAUCCUACGGAGCGAAAACAACGAUAACCCCUGUGAAGGACACGUGGAGGUUUAUUAUGGGAACGAAAUGGGCCAUGUCGGAGAUAAAAAUUGGAACGAAAAAACUGACGAAGUGGUGUGCAGAAGCACUCACUGUGGACGACCAGUGAGAAAAUCAAACGUGUACAGGGCCUUCAACAGCACAGUCUGGCUGAAUGAACUGGAAUGCAGAGGAGACGAAGCAAGUCUGUGGGACUGUGACGGUUGGCCCGGUCCAAAGGUCAGCUUCUACAGAAAGCCCACGGUGAAAAAAAUCACAUGCUCAUAUGACAUCAGCUUCCACUUGGAACAACAUAAGUGUGAAGGAGCGGUCAAGUACACGAUUCAGUCACCUACGGAGACUCAAACUGGUUACGUCUGCAGUGAUGGGUUUGAAGAAGACGAUGCCACGCGUUUGUGUAACAGCCUUCCUGGCUGUAAGGGGCCCGGAAAAAAGGUGACCUCUCAGUGGAUGACGACGGAAAAAUUCGUGAGAUUGCAGCAGGGGGUGAAGAUAAACUGCGCAGGCAUUCAGAACGUGAAACAUCUGUGGCAGUGUGUAGAAUCACUCUCCUCAACAUGCGCUGGGCCUGCAGCGGUCAGUUGCGAAGGCCACAAAAGAUUACAGCUGAGAGGAAAGAAGUCCAACGUUUGCUCUGGGAAGCUGGAAGAGGAGGGGGAUGGCAAGUGGAAACCCACUGAAAACCAGAAAACGAUUCCUGACUUGUGUAAGAAGCUGCACUGCGGUAACUCUCAGCCCUCUCAACAGAACGCCACAAGCGACCAUGUGAAUUGCACAGACCAGGUGAAAGUCGUUCUGACAGAUGACAGUGACAGAGAAACCAAGUGUUAUGGUUAUGUCAAAAUACAAAGUGAUAAACAAAGACAUGUUUGUGGUAAUGACUGGACUGAGAAAGAAUAUGAAAUGGUCUGCAAAGAACUGAAAUGUGGGAAGGUGAUUAAAACGGAAAUGAAAACCAUGAACAGAAAAGAUGGGAUAAUGAACCACGUGAAGUGCACAGGCGGCGAGUCCUCCCUGUGGUACUGCAGAGCCGAACAUCGCCACCAACAGUGCACGUCUGCUCCCUAUGUCGUCUGUCAAGCUAGUCUAGAAGUCCGACUGCAGGACGGCCCUGGAAAGUGUGCUGGUCUACUGGAAGUUAAGGAUGAAGGCCAGUGGAAAAGGGUCAGUAAGGAAGGCUGGGAUGCUAGUUAUACACAACGCGCCUGCAGGCUGUUGGACUGUGGGGAUGCAGGAAAAGACAAAUUGGAUUCUGAUGAAUUCAGCCAGGGCACCGCUGAUAUGCUAACCUUCAGCUGUAAACAGGCUGAUAAAAACCUGACUGACUGUAAAACCACUAAAACCAACAACCAAAAUAGGAAUGAGAAAGCAGUGCAGCUAAUUUGCAAUGAAAACAAGUUGCUAUUUCUGGAUGGACCCCAGUCGUGUUCUGGCUAUGUGGCGAUCGAGUACAAAGAAAACCUCUAUUGGCUCUCGGGGUCAAACGAAACAUGGAAUAAAGAGUUAGCCAACAAAGUGUGCCAGCAGAUGCACUGUGGGAACGCGUCAAGCUUCAGUCCGAGGUUUUCUGAAGACAAAAAUCGCAUGUGGGAAGAGUCAUUUAGCUGCUCAUCUGAUCACAAGUCCAUCUUUGACUGCAACAAAAAACAAAUUAAUUCAAAUAAUUCAGCUAUUGCUCAUGUGAAAUGUGAAGAAAAAAUUACAGUGACUUUGGAGAACAAGUGCUGGGGAGCGGUCAAGAUUUCUACAGGAGAUGGCAGCGGUUAUGUAAGUGGAAGGCAUUGGUCAGAUACGCUGUCCAAGGAGCUGUGUAAAGAACUCGGCUGUGGGACUGAGAUCCUAACACCCAUAAUAAAGUCUAAUACAAACGGUGAAAUUAAGUUCAAAGGUCUGUUUAAAAUGACGAAUAGCAGCAAAAUGGCCCAGUACAGCAUUGUUAAAAUGGAGACGAAUCCAGAAUCCACAAGGAAUCCAGAACCCAGGGAUCCUGCCUAUGUUGUUUGUAAAGACAGCGUUAAGCCAAGAUUUAAUGAUAAGGAUAACGAGCGUCACAAAUGUUCUGGGAACGUCGAGGUGUCUUACCAAGGCCAAUGGUUACCAGUGAGCAAAGCGACUCUCGACAACAAGGCAACUCAAAAGACCAUCUGUGCAGAGCUGGAAUGCGGCGACGGUCUGGACUCAAAGGCCUACUAUGGGCCCAGACCGAAACUGAGUCAUGUCGUCACAGUACAGGGAUGUUCACAAAACACAGUAGCCGAAUGUAAAACUGUCACCGCCAAGACCUUUGAAAGCAACAGCCAGACUUCAGACCUAGGAGGCCUCCGCUGCUCCAACUGGAGGACUUUGGGACUGGAAGACUUUGGCACUUUGCAGCCGUCCUCUGAGGACGUCUGUAAAGGAGACGUGGUUGUUUACUCCAACGGAGAAUCUGACCCCAAAAGAAAUUUUGUCUCCAGUCAAAAUUUGACACAAGACGUGGGGCAAAAGCUGUGUGAUGCUAUGAAGUGCGGGAAGUACAAAAGAUACAGAAACUCAAUUGAACUCCUCCAGGCUGACAAUUGGUAUGAAGGAAUUUUUAAAUGCAAAAAUUCUACAAAUAUCUGGGAUUGUGAGACACAGAAACAGCAACGAGAUCGGAAUGAAACAGCAAAACUCUACAUUGAAUGCGAAGGUAAACCAGAAAUUAAGCUUUCACAGAAUGGAGAGCUGUCAAUAGAUGGUGUUCCGGUCUGCAGAGGUCAGUGGGAAACGGAUUAUUCACACAUGGUUUGCCAACAGCUGGGAAAAGGCAAUGCCAUUCCUACUCUGAGCAAAAAACAAGGUAAAACUCUUAAGGAUUCCUACCACAUCCGCUGUGAUAAGCACAAUUACCUCAUUGGUCAGUGCCAACGAGCCAAAGGGAACUGCAACGAAGGACCGGUGACUAUCUACUGCAGCCGUGACGUGGAGUUCAACACAACAGAAACAUGUGGUGGUGUGCUAAGUAUCAAAUAUCAGAAAGCCCCAGAAAAGCGUGUGGAAGUGUGCCCAACCAACAUUCCACAACAUUUAUCAAAUAAGUUGUGCAACAAAUUAAAUUGUAGAGAUUUUGAUCCAAAAAGAAAAGUCUAUAAGCAGACCAAAAUGGAACAGAGUCUCGACUGCAGCAGCUCCUCCAAAGACAUGCGCUACUGUGUCUUAAAGGACACAUGUGAAACUCCUACUUCCUUUUUCUGUGAAGGUUACCUGGAGCCAACACCAGCAUCUCCCCCAGCAGAACCAACAAAUCCAGUUCCCAUUAUUGUUGGCGUGCUAAUUGUUCUCAUCCUGGUUGCAUUGAUUGUGACAUUUGUGCGAUACUGCAUUAAGAGGAGGAACAGGAAAUCCAUGAUGCCACCAGCAGAUAUGGAAGAAGCGGACUGGGACAGUGGAGAGUACGAAGACGUCGACAAAUCAGAUGAAAUGGGAAGCUUUAAUCGUGGCAGGUUCAGAUCCGACUCGGACGUGGAGAGGGAGAGAGAUGUGGAGAGCAACAGGUCCUACAACUACGACGACGUGGAUGAGAUGACCGAGGCUCAGCCUCUCACACCUCAGGGCUCCGUGGUCCGAGCCGCUAAAGACCAAGACCUGCAAGAUGGGGUUGAUAAGCCAAGCGAUGACGGCGUGACCUACGAAGUGGAAGACUCGCAGGAAAACUACGACGACAUCGACGCCAGCCCUGAGAACGCCAAAACCACGGCUGAACUCCACGACGGGCCCAAGCCUGCGCCUGAUGGCGAUGAAGAGGGACCUAAAGACCAGAAAGAUGAAGAGUACCCGGUGCCAGGUCAGGACGGGUGAGCCUGAACUGGGUCAAAAUUCAAAUCAAACAAAAUUCUGGGUCAAAGACAAAAGGGAUGGUCCCAAAAACCUGUCUUCAGUUUAACAUGAAAACUAAUAACAAUGCAGAAGGUGAAUGUUGUGAAGCUGAAUGCAUUUCUGGCAAGAAUUAUAGACAAACUGAAACUUUUGUGUCUUCAAAUUAUCUACAUCAUACCAGAAAUUGCAAAACUUACAUUAGAGCUUUAUUUACUAUAAAGUACUAGAGCCAGGCUAAGAUGUUUUUAAAGUCAACAUAAAGCAUCAAGUCAUAUUAUUACCAGAAUAAAGACAUAAUAGUUGAAGAAUGAAGCAGUAAUUUUUGGAGAACUUAUACACCAAAAAUAAUAAGUUAAAAGGAGAAAUGUUUGCACAUCUUGUGACGUUAUACUUUGGUUUUACAAAUAAGGAAAUAUUUCAUCAUUUAUCACCGGACUAGCUGAGCUGGUCACAUGACUAGCUAACUGCACCAUAACUCAUUAAACAUUUAUCUCAUAAUCAUUUUACUCUCAUAACAUUGUGACUUUAUUUUCAUGUUAUUACGAUUUCAUUCUGGUGAUUAAAAAAAAUAAAAUGUCUUAGUCUGGCACAUUAGACUCUCUCCUACUGCUUUAGUGCUUUACUUUUUAGCAAUAUUAAAAUGUAAAGCAAACACAACAAAAAUGACAUAAAUAGAAAAGAAUAAUAUAGUACAUGAUACACAAUAACAGUAUAUACAUUGUUUUAAUUUUACUGUGCAUUUACAUGAGUUACAUCUAUUACCCGGCAACAUAUUUAUAUUUUGUUAAAAUUAGCACAUUCUUAUUGUGUGAUUUUUCCUCAACUACACAAACUUACUGUAAUAAAUGCUAGGAUAUUUCUAAACAUAUGCUACUGAAAUAUUAGAUUCCUUAUUAUUUAUUCUGGUUUUGUCCUCAUCUGUCGCAGUGGUGGAGAAUUUUGUCACAGUAUUUUCUCUGCUUUAUUAUACUGGCUGUGAAGACUGAGAACUCGUUUGUGUUCAUUGAUAAUCCUUCCCUGUUAGUUGGUUCCUGUUCUGGAGGUUCGCUGCAUUCAAUGAGAUUAGACUGUAAACAAGUAACAGCUAAACAGUUAAACUACAGUAGUUCCUUCUCACUGUACGGGUAUGUGCUAUAUUUAGCUAACUGCUGGGGGUGGUGGUUCCAUAUUCAAUAGUUAGUUAGUUAGUUAGUUAGUUAGUUAGUUAGUUAGUUAGUUAGUUAGUUAGUUAGUUAGUUAGUUAGUUAGUUAGUUAGUUAGUUAGUUUCAGUAAUAUAUUGUACUUUAAUGAAGUUGUUGGUCAUAUUUUGUUUAAUUUCAACUGUAAAUACAAUGUAAAAAACCAGCAAAUAUAUAAAUUUCGCUUUGUCAUUUCUUUCUAUUUUAAAGAUUACUUAGAUUUUUCCAAGUUGUGUUUUAGACAAGCUUUUAAUUAGAGCUGUAGAAUUUAUGUUUGUUAAAAAAAAAAACCCAUUUUAUCUGUAAUGUAGUCUUGCUAUGUGUUUUUGCGACUGUUUUAGGCUGACUCCUUGUAUUAUAUUCCUCUUAUACAAUAUCUCCACUUCAUAUAUUUUGUCUUUGUAGUAAGCAAACUGAAAUAAAAGUCAUAUUUAGCACGUC